AAACUUGCAGAACCUCAUUGAAAAGUAGAAUAAUCUUUGCUAGAAAUCUGAGAAAUCACGCAUAAGCAACUAUAUUCUAUAUGGCCUUCAACCUAGGGCAUCUAAUUUGGAAUUGCUCAAAUACUUGAAACAAAACUUUGAUAAUGAACAGCAGGUGAUCUGUAUAAAUGAAAAGAAAUAAACAAAUAACAAAUAGAUAAACAAUUUGAUAAUAAACACUUGCUCUACAAGUUUUCUAUAAAUAUUUAUCUAAUGCUAAUGCUAAUGCUACCUGAUACCCUGCUCUGGGUGUAAAAAAUUGAAAUACAAAUUUUGGAUUAUGCCUCGAUAAAAUGAAAUGAGAUUUGAGAAAUCAUACAUAUUCUAGCCAAUCAAAACUUUAAAUACCCUAUAGCGUUAAUUUACAGAGCAUAAAUGAUUGAAUUUCACCGAUUUGCAAUAUAAAAGGCCAGCCAUCAAAAUAUAGAAAUGAGUUCUGCCAGAAUGUCUGCGAAAUACGUUUCUGUUCUUCUGUUUCUUGGAUUCUUUGCUCUGUGUGUGUCAUAUAAAUUAUAUCCAGUUAUAACACCUGAUAUUCCUGCCAACACGAACCUUACAACGGGCCCAUUUGUUAGGAUCGGAACUGGAUAUUACUUUUUCGAAUUGAACAACAAGAGAAACUGGUACGAAGCCUAUGAAACAUGUCGUACGAUGAAUGCUGAACUAAUCACGAUAGAAACUAUCGAAGAAUGGAACAUAAUCAAUCGAUAUAUUCGUGAGACGAAUAUUGAUUACUCCUAUUGGACAUCAGGCACAGAUCUGGGUAAAGAGGGAUACCACACAUGGUUUUCGAGCGGAAAACCAAUUAAUAUUAACAUCUGGGAUCCAGGAAUGCCCAAUAAUGUCGACAACUUACAGCACUGUGAUGAAAUGGGCUGGAGGGAUGGUGUUCGAAGUGGACUCAAUGAUCGUCAGUGUGAAUUUUUGAAUCGUUAUAUCUGCGAGGCUAAACAGCCCGUAACUGCCUCUUUUGUUCUCUGGUAGGAUUAAUUUAUUCAGAUGAUAUUAUUUAAAUUUUCCUUAGCCUGCCUGCUCCAUACUUUAGCUAUAAAUGAUUUGCGAAUAAUAAACAGGCAAUAAACAAGUCAAAAUAUUUAGAAGAACUAAGAAUUUUUUGCUAUAAACAAGUCAAGAUAUUUAGAAAUUAAAAUUCAAUUUUGGUUGAACUAAGAAA